AUGGGAUUUGUUACCACCACUCAGGGCCUUGUUUAUUUCCGGCUCGUCGCACUAGUUCCUAGCAAAGUUUGGGAAUACCGCCUUGAGCAUGGUAACUGGGUGAAGUCGUCAGAACCAAUCCUCCUGCCUUCUCGCGUCAAUGUACAGCAUGAUUUUGGGAUCAGUUACUUCAGUGAUCCUCAAGUAGAUCCAAGAAUAACUCUUCUUACUGGUCCAUCAGAUUGGGAAAUUUCCGAGUUCCAGUGGCAUCUUGGAGAAGGCGACGUUGGGGAGCUUGUGAUUCCAGACUCUAUCCAGAAAUUAGUCGAUGGGAAUUUCAUGCCAACCUUUAUUGGUCCUUCUCCACUACUUGGUGUGCCGACAAGUAUAUUGGGAAAGCAGUGGGCGUUUGUGACAGGAAAGGAUGACACACUUGUAGAGCUCAAAAGGGAUACUCCGACAAGUGUUUGGGAAGCAAGAGUUAUUAAAAACAAGGAUAUACACGGCCCAUGGCGAGAUACCUGCCUGAAUUCUAAAGGAAUCCAUCUAUUUACGCAACCACACGACGGGACUCACCGAAUACUCCAAGCCUCUCGCGCUGUGGAUAACCCAGACUAUACUGUCACUACUUACUUCGAAUCCCACGCGGAGAUGAACCUCUCCAUUUCUGGCGCAGUCGCUGCCUGGGAUGAAGAACCCCGUGUCUUCUUUAAUUCCGAGAGGAAUGAUGGCACAUAUAUAUACGAGUGUGUAUAUGAUCCACAAGAGAAAACAAGGAAACUUCAAGAACUGGUGAAGGUUCAGGGUGGCUCCUACAUUGGUCUCAUUGAUAUAGGCAAGGAGAAUGCUUCUAUUACCCUUGCUUAUGACAUUGUUUAUGGAAUAAACCAUCAUAUAAAAACCCUGGUCUGGACUGAAGUUUCGGGAUGGCGCGAAGGUCCGGAUAUUGACAAGUUCAAGGAUUAG